AUGUGCUAUCAGGUGGUCGAGCUUUACGCGGUGUGCAAGUGCCUCUACUAUCAGCACGCUGUUGAUCGGUGCGCGGCAUAUGGGCAACCCGGCCAUUAUCCUCACAAGAAGGAGGUUUUGGUAGGACACUCUUGCGGUAUUCACUCGCGCCGUAGCGGACAUUCCUACGGCGCAUCACACUACUCGGACUCUGGCUACUCGUCAAGCCACUCACCCAAAUCCUCCUCCCGUGGCCACUAUCGAUGA